CGUGCGGCUGGGAGCCAACGACAGUUUCAAACGGAAAGAUCGAAGCUAAACAAGCAAAAUGAAAGCAGCCAUCGUGUUCGCAGUUGUGAUUUUCGCGCUUCUCAGUGUCCUGGAGGCGGUGCCGGCUCCUCAGUUCGGCUACGGUGGCUUUCCCGGUGGUUAUGGAGGCUAUGGUGGCGGCUAUCCUGGCGGCUUCGGCGGUGGAUAUCCCGGCGGCUAUGGAGGCUAUGGUGGUUUUCCACGUCGCGGCUUUGGCGGCGGUGGCUUUGGCGGUGCCAGUGCCUCAGCAUCGUCAUCUGCAUCAGCCGGCGGCGGCGGCUUCUACGGCUAAAGACGGAAGCUCCCAUACUAUGUACCUUUAAAGCCUCAUCAAAUUAUUAUUUAAUAAACACAGUUUAGCCAUUCCUGUAACUCCAAAA